CAAGGAAAUGCAAUAUACAGAAACUACAGUCUGCAACAUUGCACAACAUGAGAUCAGCUAAAUAACAAGGCGUUUUGUCGAUUGCAUGUAACAGUUGCUGGAAAUAUUCGGAGUCUGCAGUACCAUAUUUUCCCGAAGUUGUCAUCAAUCAGUCAUGGCUGAACUGGCGUUGAAAUACUUUGGGGCUGGAUAUCAGCUCGCAAAACCGAUGUUCCCACAAAGACUCUCUGUGAAGACCGAGGGAAGCACCCUCCAUAUUGUCACCUUUCAAACCGACCAAAAGGACACACAGAUUUUCUUCCAUUUUGAUGAAUCCUAUCCAAGUCGGAUUCCAAAAAUAAAGGUUUCAUCUUCAACUCUGACAGAGGGCCAGAAAGGGGACCUGAGUGAAUUUCUUCAUCAUAAGGGUAAGGCAGAGGAAUACAGCAACUCCCCAACACUGCCAUUGUUGUUGGAGCAUGCUGGGAAGUGGCUGCAAGAGAAUUAUGGGAAAAAAACAAGUGAAAGCAAACCAUCGAAGAGAAAUGAAAUUCGAGAAGAGGACUGGCAGCUGCACGCAAGUCCUGAAACGGUUGCUGCACCAAGGGAGAUAACUACAAGCACUGCAAGGGAGACAACUCCUCCAGGAAGAAAAGCAAAACAGAAGAAUAGAGGAGGGAGUGUCCAGUGGCAGUCAUGGGCAGAUUCAGUAAUCCAAUCAAACCCUGCGGAUGAUGAAGAAACCAAUUCUGACUGGAAUGUUGUAGAGUCAAGGUCAAGACCAAGUAAAGGUUCAAAGGAAGUAAGUCAGGUGAAGUUCACUCUGGACACAGUGCCGAAGUUUGAUGUGCCAGUUGACUCCCGCCGCGCGAAUUACUUUGUUGCAAUACGUUGCACCAAUGGUGAGAUUGGGGAUGGUGUUACCGAGGUUGUGAAGAAGAUGUUGAGCGUGGAUCAUGUGUACCAGCCAAUCUGCUACAACCGCAACGAGGUGCAUGUCACCCUCACCACAGUUGCACUGCACUCCGACAGGGACAUCAACAAAGCUGUUGCAGCUCUACAGGAUGCUCGGGAAGUUCUGAUCAAUCACGCACCAACUUCCUGUCUCACAAUCAGUGGCAUUGAUGAAUUCCAAGGAAGCAAGGUUGUGUUUGGCAAGGUCAAGGUUGAAGAAGACGUCCUCCUUCUGCGAAAGGUCGUGCGAUGGGCUUUCGAGAAAAAAGGCAUCUAUCCAAAAGAUAACUUUGGGGACUACCAUCCUCACAUGACCCUUGCCAAGGUCAAUGUUGGGUUCACUAAGAAGACAGGUUUGCGGAAUAUCUCCCGUGCAGUGUACGAGUCUCUCCUUGGCUAUAAGUUCGGCCAGCAGGGCGUGAAGGGAAUCCACUUGUGUCAAAUGGGCCAUGACAGGAGAGCUGAUGGUUUCUAUAUCUGUCCUACGCAGAUUGACUUCAAGAAUUAGAGGCAAAUUAACACAAUGCUUUAACUCAACACACUAACAUAACCCUUUAACACACAAAAAAAUAAACACUAAAGUAGUGUAGAGCAUAUGACUGAAACAGAACACACA